AAUCAAGUAAAAAUAAAUAAAGUCUUCAUUUUUUGGGCAAUAGUGUUUAGCGACACCCCUGCAGUUUGCAGCCAUUUUUGGUUUUUAUUUCAAGUAACAAGCAAUAGACUGAAACCAGAAAUGGAUAACUUCUAAUUAUUAAAUGUAUUUUUCAAAUUUGACCUCUUGUUGGGUUAAUGUGAUUCAUUAAACAAUUCUGUACAAUUUUCAAUUUUUUAAAAUUCUGUCAUAAUUUAGACUGAAAUAGUCCUGACGUCCACUACAAUGGACAUGCUGUAAAAUUUUAAUUAAUAAUAAUAAUAAUAAAUAAAUAAAUAAAAUGCUAAGGUGUUCAUUUUGGCCUAGAUAGGUACGAAAUCACAAAAAAACAGAAAUUGGAAGACACUUUUUUUCUUCGCUUCUCAGGAGGAUAAAUAACACUGAUUCAAUGAUGUUUUCUGAAAAAUGCAAAUAGGCUAUGAACACUAAGCUGACUUUCUUUAUAUAAUGUAAAUUAUUCAGGAACAGACAGAUGGGAGGGCUUUGCAGACAAAUUAAAGUGAUAUAACAGGGAGGAAACGCCGACAGAAAUUCCAUCACUGCAGAGAGAUCAGUAGAUGAGAGGAAGCAUUUGGUGAUUGACAGGGAUUAAUGGAUUAUUAACAAAGCCGUCUGCUGUCAAAGCCUCCAUCAUCAGCAUUGAUUUGUGUUUAGUUGUUUUUUAUGCUGGUAUUUGUACGGGUGCCUUUGUCUCAUUGUCACUUAGCUGAUGAAGGAACAGAAAAAGUUUGAGAUCCAGCAACAGAGUCCUCAGCAACAGAAGAGUAGAAUCGAGGUGGACCAUUGUGAUUGGAACAGAAAACAGGAGAUGUAAACAACCAGUCUUCAUUUAACCUUUCCUCUAACUACGCCUCCUAUUAUAUUUCCUUUUUGCUAGAUUUCCCACAAAUAUGAACAUUCCUUUGUCUUCCAUGCUCCUCAUGAUUUUUUCCAUUAAUUUCUCUGGGUGGCUGCUCCUGCCUGUGGGAAGCUCAUAUGUGUGCCCACACCAGUGCAUUUGCUAUGAGCACGCUGACCUGGUGGACUGCUGCAAUGGCAAAUUUGAACAUGUACCCAGGGGCCUCCCUCACGGUACGUGGCUGCUGAAGCUUGGAGGAAACAAUCUGAGCAUCAUAGAAACCCGAACCUUCAUUGGACUGUGGUCCCUGAGAGUGCUGGUGCUGACCAACAGUCACAUCAAAGAAAUACAAGCACAGGCUUUUUUUUCUUUAUCCUUCCUUGAAAAGUUGGAUCUCAGCUGGAAUCAGAUAACGACUCUCCCUGUGGACUUCUCCUCCAGCUUGUCUGCUCUCAAGGAGCUCCGAAUGGAGCACAACAGUUUAAAUUAUAUAUCUGGAUUCAGCUUGGAACACUUGGACAACAUGGAAAAGUUGGACCUCAGUUAUAACCAGCUGGUGUCUGUUGGCCCUGGUGUGUUCAGGGGCCUCUCUAGGCUGAGACAGCUCUUUCUACACAACAACAGACUGACAGUGGUGGAGCAAGGCAGCCUUGAUAUGCUCCCUGGACUUGAGGUGCUGCAGCUGAGUAACAACAACAUCUCCCAGAUAGACUCUGAGGCUCUGGCUCCUCUCUAUAGUCUGGCAAUUCUUAAUCUGGAAGGAAACAACUUGCAUCACCUGAAGUUUAAGACCUUCAUCAGUCUUCAUACAACAGCAACACACAUUCAGCUUUCAGGCAACCCAUGGAGCUGCGACUGUGAGCUACAUCGUGUCUUCAGCAAGAUCUUACAUGUCCGCUACCUCCAUAUUGACGACUACCAAAAUGUGACCUGCAAGGACCCCCCACAACUGGUGGGGGCUUCUCUGGCCUGGGUGGACAGCCAGCUCUGUGUUGCGGAGACGGCCACUGUCCUCGUCAUUACUGUCACUGUCCUGGUGACUGUGGUGGCAGCUGUGGUGAUGGCAGAGAGAAACAGGAAGAAAAGUCGUGGGAAGAACUGGGAUGCUGACUCACAAAGUCCCCCAUCUUAAAAAGCUGUUUUAUAACUCAUGUACAUUUUUUACCCUAUUUGCUUUACAGAAAAAGAAAGUUGCAAAUAUAAAUCCACUAAGACUUAUGAAGACUGACUUCGGACCAUGGCUUGCGUUCCCUCCAGCAGUAGAACAAUACUGUGUCAGAUUUCUCUCUCAUUUUCAAAAUCAGAACAGGCAGCUGGUCAGGCACUGGUCGAGUUUUUUACAAGAAGUCCACUGCAGGGUAGUUUGAGAAAGACAAAAUGCUACUGAGGUCAAAUAGUCAGACUUGAUGUUGCAACUAUCUCUGAACUCAUUAAAUACAUGCAUGUGCUUAAAGCAGUGUGAUGGGGACCAGACUUAGGACCAAACACCCACCUACUCUAUAAGAAAGCAAGUAAGACUCUAAUUAUUGAUUUGUAGGGUUUUCAGCUGUUUUACCUAAUCACAGAUAACUUAGGCAUGCUGAAAAGAAGCAGCUAGAAAUAUAUAUGUUCUAAUGGAUUAACUGGGCAUGAAGCGGCAAAGCACUUGCAUCUAUGACCACAGAUCCAGAAUUUAGUUUAACUUCAAACAUUUGAAAUAAAAUAUGUUGCUCUUAAGGAGACUAAAAGAUUUUUCAAAGAAAAAUCUCUCAGGCUUUAUACACCUAGAUAGCAGUAUAACUCUGUGCACCUAU